UUUCUCAAAACUACUUAAGCUUGUGUCAUGGAACUAAACUUUUAGUCAGUUUUGUUGCGGUAAAAAGGUUGGUGAUGUUGUUUCUAAGAGUAUAUCUUAAAAUCCGAAGUCAAUCAAAAGAAGAUAUCGGCGAUAAAAAAAAGCCAUAUUAUGUUCCGGAUCAUCAUGAACAAUUGAUUUAA